CUGUUUUGUCUACAGGUCCUCGGUUAGUUGCUGCAUCCAAGAGUCCAAUCCAACAUCUCGACAAUGUUCCUGAAAGUGUCCGGCAUUCUCCCAGUCAGUUCCCCAGGGGACAGCAACGCUUUGUGACUCUUGCACAGCACAUCGAUGAGGUGAUCACUCAGGAUUAUACUCGCAACCACCCCCAGCAACUCAGCUGCCAGGCAGGUCUGCAUUCACAAAGAUAUCCCAGCCAACAGCUGAUGGCUUCAACACCACAACAACAUUAUGGUCACCCAGGCAGAACGAUGCUGGAGUCACCAGAGGACAGAGACAGCCCAAGGCCAGCAAGGUCCCUUGUCUCAUUGGCUGUGAGUGAGCCUGGAUCCCCAGAGAGAGACCGGACACAGUCAGAGAAUCUCACAGUUCCUGCACGGUAUAGGGACACGGAGACUGAGCAAAGGAUGGGGAGCCCAUCUCCGGGCAGCGGGAACCCGGCUCCUGCCUUCUUCAGCAAACUCACAGAGAGCACCUCGCACAUGGUCAAAACCAAAAAGCAGGAAAUCAAGACUUUGGCAUCAGGCAGUGAAGGCCCAGUGGAGGGCAGGAGCACCAUUGGGCAGCCAGGAACUGAGAUGUUCAAUAUGCCAGCAAUGACCCCAACAGGAUCAGCAAGUUCUCGGAGCCAGUCAAUGGUAGAUCAUUCCACAAACAACUUGGGAUUGGAGGAUAUUAUUCGGAAGGCUUUAAUGGGCACGUAUGAUGACCAUGGUCGGGAUAGGCCAGAGGGCAAUGCUGCUACAGUUUACCCUCUGGCCAUCAGUGCCAGCUCCAAUACUGUGGCUCAAGGACAAAGUGAGGACAUCCACAGCAUUUCCUUGACAGGUGGAAGCAAGUUGAAGCUUGGUGUUCGGUCGAAAGGCAGGAAAUCCAGGUCCCCAGUCCCUGGCCUGGCCUGUUGUGAGAGACCGACGUCUGCACAUUCAGACUCGGACUGUCACAGACGAAGUCCGGUAACACAGCAAGUGUGGGAGAACAGACCAUCAUCCACAGGGUCCACUCCAUUUCCGUACAAUGCUGUGACAGCAAGACUCUCAUCAGGAAUUCUGUCACCAUCACUGGCUCCCCCCUCGAUGCCCAUUCGGAUGCCUGUGUGUGGCCAGCCAGAGCACUGGGAGAGGGAGCCCCUGCUCUCUGCUCAGUAUGAAACCCUGUCUGACAGCGAGUGAACUUCAGAGACCAGGUUGCUGCAUUACUGAGACUCAUCCUGUACUCACCUCAAACAGACCCUCCCCCUCAAUACUGACUGCAUGGCACCACACACAUUGGUCGCAAUUUUAAGGCAAUUUACUGUUGAACAUCCCAGAAGGCACGACAAAUACCCUUUCUCUAACUUCACCUUUUAACAAAGCAGUGGUUAUUUUUUAUUUUUUUUAUUUUGUAAUUUUAAAUUGUCUUUUAACCUAUCACUUUGUCUCUCUGAUUUAUUAAAAAUGAAUUUGGACAAGC